GAGCGCGCGCGGGCACGGGCGCGAGCCUCGGAAGGCCAGGGGCGUCUCGCGAGGGGCGGGAGUGGACAGGGCUGCCAGAGCCUGAGGGGGUCGUGAGGUGAACCCCGAGUUCCAGGAAGACAGGUGUCUGCUUUGGUCCAAGAGUUUCGGGGACGCAUCCAGCAUCUCCUUGAGGACCGCAGAAACAUAUAUUUUUGAUAUCAUGGAUCGGUUCGGAGAUAUAUCAGAAGGUGAAGUGGACCAUUCUUUCUUUGACAGUGACUUCGAAGAAACAAAGAAAUGUGAAAGUAAUUCAGCUUUUGACAAGCAAAAUGAUGAUUCUAAAGAGAGAAUAGGUAAAGGUACAGAAAAUGUAAACGUGGGGUUGGGAAUACAAAUAAAUGAAGAUUAUCUCACCGAUAAAGGAAAUGAAAGGAAAACAAAAAUUGCCCUAGAGGAAAGCCCAGUAGAAAGUGAUACACAAAUUGGAAGUUCUUUAUCGACCACUUCUUCAAAAUCAGAAACAUCGUGUGAUAAUAUAAUAGAACAUAAAAUACACUUGCCCAUGCCUCGUAGAAUCCUCAAAACUGCCAAAGAUGGUGAGGAUGAUUAUUUCACAGACGGAGAGGAGAGCAGUGAUGACGGGAGAAAGCGUCCCGUGAGGUCCAGGUCAGCCAGGCCAUCAAAUAGCUUGAAAAAAAGCAUAAGUAGAAAGUUUUCCAAAGUUAGUUCUUCCUCCUCCUCCUCUUUGUCCUCUUCAUCUUCAAGUUCAGGUACAGAUUGUUCAGAUGCAGGGUCUGAUAUCUCUAAACCUGAUUCCUCUCCAUCAUCAAAGAAACAGGUACCUAGUGUAACCCUCUUAUCGCCAAAGCAGAUGUAUAAAUCAGAGUUAAAAUCAGCAGGAAAACAACCUUCAACUACUAAGCCUAAAGUCGGAGACUACACUGAGGAAUCUGAAGAUACUGUCACGGACGUAACUCCUUUAUCAACACCAGACAUCAGCCCUGCUCAGUCUUUUGAACUGGGCUCAUCAAAUGACCAAAAAGUGAAAGUUAAAAGGCAAGAAAAUGUGAAGCAUGAAAUAUAUGAAGAUGUUGAGGAUUUAAAAAACCAUUCAAGGUGUUUGAAAACUGUGAAAAAAGGAAAAGAAAGGCUUGAGCCUGGUCUGGCCUCGAAGUCUUCAGUGUUAGAUUCCAGUUCAGACCAUAGGUACAAACAGAAAGUCUUACAUGACACCAUGGACCUGAAUCACCUACUAAAAGCUUUUCUACAGUUGGAUAAAAAGGGACCGCAAAAACAUCACUUUGAGCAGCCUGCAGUAGUACCUAGGAAGAACUACUCUUUCUCAAGAGAAGAAGUGAGACAGAUCGAUCAGGAAAAUCAGAGGCUUUUGAAAGAACUGUCAAGACAGGCUGAAAAACCAGGAAACAAAAGUGCAAUUCCCAGAAGAGCAGCAGGCCAUCCCCCAAAGCUGUAUCAUAGUGCUCUCAACAGGCAGAGGGAACAGCAGAGGAUUGAGAGAGAGAAUUUGGCUUUACUGAAAAGGCUUGAAGCUGUGAAGCCAACCGUUGGCAUGAAACGCUCAGAACAGCUGAUGGAUUACCACCGCAACAUGGGUUAUCUCAACCCAGCUCCAGCCUCCAGACGUGUGAGGUCUAUGCUCGGACAGUACAGCCCAUUAAGAGGAGCUUCCAGGACCUCCAGUGCAACCAGCGCUCUCAGCUCUAAGACUGAGCGAUCGGCAUUUGACAAGCCCAAUGGCCUGUUGUUGAGGCCUAAACCCCCUAAUGUCCGUACAGCUUGGUUAUAAACCUUCUCUUCACUUUAAAUGUUGUUCAUACAAGUUUUAUUGAAGUGCCCUUGUGUAUUACUGUAAUUCUCUGUAUAAACAUCUAUAAUGCUGCUUUAAGCAAUUUAAAAUUUGCAGUAAAUUGUAACAUGUUGUUCAGUGCAGAAUUGUCUAAAGGACAAUUUAAUGUGAAAUAAGCAUUUUUCAAAUGAGGAUGUAUUUAUAUGAAAUGUAUAUAUAUUUAAUGGAGAAGUGCUAGUGUGCAUGAGUAUUUUCUCAGGACAGAAGUUAUUUCAGUUGUCUAGGUGACAAAAUGGUGGCCAUUAAUGUCGUUGCAUGCAUGUUCAUUCUGUGGUUCUCAUUUUAAACCUUUUUUAUUUCUUGUAAGCUUUAACCGUGAGCUCAGAUCCUAAAUUUGGCUGAAUUUGUUUUUGCUUUGCUUCAGAACUAAUGUAGCAUGACUUGUAACUUGAUGGUAGGAGAGUCAUACUUUAUUAUUAUGAAGCAGUUCUUGAAAUGUGUUCCUUGAUGAAGCUGGUUUCGGUUUGAUAGCAGGUAGAGCGAAGCUUGUGUGUGGCAGCCCUUGGGGUGUGCCAGUGGUAUCUAAUACUCCUGUACAAGUACACUGAGUUAGAUCUUAAGAAAUUGGAUUCACCAUUCCAAACUAAUUGAGACAGAAUAGAAAAUUCAACCCGGAAGCCCCUCUCUCCUGUUUCUCUGCAUUUAGGUGCAAUGCUGUGAUUGUGUGCCGUGCAGUUUGCCUGCAGACCAGAGCAGUUUCCUCCGCAGCAGACAGUCCGUGGUGAAUCAGUACGGCAGCUCGAGCAGUCUGUGAAGAGCCAGCAAGCAGAUCCCGAGGAGUGCCAGAGCAGUGUUUGAAUUAGUAUCAGUUAGCUUAUUGUGCUGUGGUUUAGUAUUGUAAUAAGAAAGAAGAUUCAGAACAAAAAGGAAAUGCUUUAGAAAUUCCAGCCAGUGUUUGUAAGGGCUGGGGAAAAAAAUCUAAAAUAUAAAUAAUAAGGGAAAUCACACAGGUAUUGGGAUUAUCACUUUAAUUUUCUUAUUCGUGUUACUUUGGUUUAUUUGUUUGAAUCCUAAAGUCCUUUUUAAAGGGCCAAAAAUCUUGAUGGAAAUGGUAAUGACAAAUACAGUAUAACUAUAUUUUUCUAUCAGUUUGUAGUCUCUUACUUCAUAUAGCAAAGUGUAAUAUUUCAUAGUUAUCAGUUUUUCAUUACUGAUCUUUUCAGUAUAAAGUUCUUAGAAUGUGCUGGGAAGUGUUCAUAUUAAAUAACAAAUCUUUUUUUCGUAUGAAUUUCUGUCUAUAGCCACACUAAAGAGAUUUGUUCUUUUUUUGUGCCCAAGUUCUGUAGCAUAUAUGUUGAGCUUUUCUUAACACCCUUAGCAGUAAACUAAAUUGCAUUUUACUAAACAACAAUUCAGAUUUCAUAGGUUUUGCUCAUUGUAAAGUAUGGGAACAGUGGAGUUAUGAAUUAUCAUUUGAACACAACCUGCCUGUGAGUUUUUGCUGCUUUCACACUGAUCAGUUAACAUUCAUCCGAAGAUAUUUGAAGCUUUGUUCCCAGUGGACUUUUAUACCUGUUUUUUAUAUAAGCUUUAUCUAUACUAAACCAAAGUUUUCUUUUGUUUGCUUUUUAAGUUAUUACACUUUUAAUAUUUAUGUAACAACACAUCUUUGAGAUAAUCUAAUGAAUUUAGAACUCAACAUAUGGACAUUUAGCCAACAGUGAGUACGUUUUUUAAGAUUUAUAUUUUUCAAAAUUUUUUUAUAUUUUUCAAAAUUCCACCAAAAUAUGUAUAUAAAAGUUUUCAUGUUCAUAAUGGAAUUAAUUUCUGAGGACAUAUUAUAUGGUCUUUGUCAUCACAUCUGUGAUAUAAUACACAUACCUUCAUAAAUAAAGCUGUGCUUUGAGUU